AUGGAAGAGGCUUUGAGAAGGCUCAACGCCGCCCCAACUACCAAGACCGCCGCGUCAAAGCGGUGCUCCGCUGCCAAGCGUCCACACAAGGACGCCGCGGGCGGCGGCACCAACAUGCGGUACCGCGGGGUGCGGAGGAGGCCCUGGGGGCGGUACGCGGCGGAGAUCCGGGACCCUCAGUCGAAGGAGCGGCGGUGGCUGGGCACGUUCGACACGGCCGAGGAGGCGGCCUGCGCGUACGACUGCGCCGCACGCGCCAUGCGGGGCGUGAAGGCCCGCACCAACUUCGUGUACCCGGCCUCGCCCUCUCACCUCCACCCUCCCUCCGAGAAUCUCCUCCCUUCCUUCACCUACGGGAAGCUAUCUCAGCCGUCGAUCCUCUCCUCCUCACGCCAAUUCCUCUCUCCCGCGCAAUUCGAUUUCACCAGAAAUUCCCUAAAUUCUCACCGAUUUCUCCUUCGCGAUUACAUCAGCUCAUCCACUGCUAAGUAUCUGGAUACCAAUUCCAAUUUCACUCCGAGCUCCGAUUUUUUGAGAAAUUCCUCCAAUUUCACUCUGAGCUCCGAUUUUUUGAGAAAUUCCUCCAAUUUCACUGGAUCUUCUUCCUCCUCUCUCUGCGCCACGGCCACAUCCGAAACCGCCUUCGCCGCCGCGCCGCUCAGCUUAGAAAAUAUCGAGAACAAAAACGGCGAAGCUCUGUGGAAUGAGAAUAAUUGCAUGGAUUUCUUCCCAACUGAGAGGUCUGAUUCCGGCCUAUUGCAUGAUGUUCUCAACGGAUUUCUCCCAAAUUCGACAAAAAACGUAAUUGAAGAGGAGGAAUUUGCUCUGCCUAAAGGGGAUGAAUAUUUAGGGUUUUCUGGUGACUUCGGUGCAACUCCGCAAUUUGGGAAAUUGAACAACUAUUUUGGAUUUGUUGAGAGUGAAUUUGAGGGGUCGAUUAAUCAAACAAAUGGGAUUUUAUCAGAGAUUUUCAACUAUCAAGAGAGUGGGAAUCUGCUUGAAGCUAACAUGCAGAAUGCAUGA